UUAAAAUUUCCAAAGAGGACGGAAAGUCGGUGGCCUGAAAACAGGGAUUUGGAGCUUUGACAUUUGUUGAUCCCAAGAUGUUAGGCUGGGCAAUAGCUUUGCCAAUAAUUGGAACCUACAUUGUAACUUCUGUAGUCCUUUUAAACUUUCCUUGGCUCGUUCAUAGGAGGAAACAAACGAAGUUCCGUUGUCGCCACAUUAGUCAUAGAGGAGGGGCUGCAGAAAAUUUAGAGAAUACGAUGACAGCCUAUCAUCAUGCCUUAAAAAUGGGAACAGAAAUGCUUGAAUUAGAUGUUCGCCUUACAGCAGAUGAACAGGUUGUUGUAUGUCAUGAUGAUGAACUUUCCCGUGUAACAAACACAGACUUGAAGAUUUGUGACUUGAAUUUCAAGGAUUUACCUCACCUUAGCAGAACACUUGCUGUACAAUUUCAACCAGGGGUGUCAUGUGAUAUGAAAAACAAUGACUGUCACAUUCCACUGCUGGACACUGUUUUUGAGGCAUUUCCUAAUAUUCCAAUAAAUGUGGAUAUCAAAACCAACUCUGAUCUACUAAUAGACAAGACUCAUGAACUGAUCUCCAAGCAUAACAGAAAGGAUUUAACAGUUUGGGGAAACUUUUCUGCAGAUGUUACUGAAAAAUGUUACAAAAAGGAUCCAGAAAUUCCAGUUAUGUUUUCAAUGAAGCGUUGUGCCAUACUGGUCUUCUUGUUUUAUUCUGGUUUACUGCCAUUUAUUCCUAUCAAGGAAUCCUUCUUAGAGAUCAUGUUGCCUGUCACGAUGAUCAGACGUUUUGAAGUGCCUCGCACUAUGAAGAUCUUGUGUCAUAUAGUUGACUGGUUUUUAAUCAGCCCAAUCCUUUUCAACCAUUUGGAAAAGAGAGGAAUCCAGACCUACUUGUGGGUGCUUAAUGAAGACAGUGAGUUUGAUUUUGCUUUUAACAAGCUCAAGGUUGCUGGUGUCAUGACAGAUUAUCCCACAAGACUCAGGGACUAUCUGCGCAGUAGCAAUUUAAAUCCUGGGCAGCCUGUGCCUACUGCUAAUGGAAGUGAAAGGAGUGAACUAAUUAAAAAGGAUUAAACAUAUUUGAGUUAAUCUUUAGAGUAAAGUAGGACAUUUUAAACAGAUCUUUAAUGGAGACCUAUUUGUUUUGUUGCUAAGCUAAAGCCAAACAAACACUAUGUUGGAUGGUGUAGUUUGACUCUAAGUUUUGAUAUGUUAAUUCAACAGAGAUGUAAAAUAGUAUCAAAUAAUGUCUAAGUUUCACUGGGCUGGUCUAUAAGGUCUGGAAAUUCCAUUCAACUGAGUUUAAAAAGUAUGUAAAUAUACUUUAAUUUGUAAUUCCAAUUAAACUCAUAUCAUGAGGAAAAUGCUGAAAUCAAGAAGGCCAUUUACCUGUAGAUCUAAAGAAGAGAACAGAAAACAUUCAUGGAACUUGAAAAUAACUUCUUACUGACUAAGCUUGAGGGCUGUGCUGUAGGUAAUGACUGAAGGCCAAUAUUCCCUAGUAUGGCCUGAAGUGAGGUUAGUAAGUAGUUUAUUAUAUGGCACCCUGGCUAAACUUUUUUAUUUUGAAUUUGGCAGUUUUGAGAACCAAAAAAUUCACAGCUUAUGACCAUUUCCCUGGAAAAGAUCUGUAUGGCAAAAUCCAGACCAAGUAAGAACCAAUCAAAAUUCUAAAAUUUACUGAAAGACUACCUUGCCAUAUGAUAACAACAAAUAUUGUGAGGAUAAAUCAGAAAGCAUCUCCCAAAGAAAAUAACUGAGUCCCCAGUGAUGGCAUGAACCUUUGACCUUCAGAACGUCUUCUCACUGAGUUACAGAGAGUUUGUUGUUGACUAAGGCCAUGAACUGAGCUCAUAUGUAACAAGCAUCCUGUAUGCUGUUAGAGUUAGUUGUGUCAAGCACAUCUUGUGAGGAAGGGGAGUAAAAAAGACAGUUAAAAAUUGUAUACACAUUUCUUUGAAGUAGAACAUAUCCUGUAAGAAUUAUUGGAAAAAUAUUUAGUAGAUUGGCAUUCCCUCCUACUAAAGAAUUUUUUCUUUAGAACAUAUGAGUAACCAUACACUACUAAUACAAAAUUGGUACAUGCUGAUCAAAUUGUAAACUACAAGGCUACAAGUUAUUUUAUUUAAUUAAAGACAAGAUUAUUUUUUUAAGAUUUAGUUCUUGCAACACAUUUUUCUGUAGAAGAUUAUAACUGAAUAUCUAGAAAAUUCUAUUUCAAUUCUCAAUUCUAAAUACAUUACACAUAAAUUGUCCUACAUGUAAAUCUUAACAAUAAAUAGCUUUUACUUUAUGAUGUAAUGACUUUGUGAUGUUGUAGUCUCUAUUUAACAAUAAGUUAAAACAUCUAAUGUAUCUCUGCAGUGUAAGUGAAGUCUAGAAAUAAAUAACUAUUCUCAUUGA